AGGAGGAGGAGGAGGCGGGACUUUAGCGAAUCGGUGCUUCGUCUCCGACGGGGCGCGUUUGUACAUAGUGCAUGUAUUGUUUGUUGUUUUUGUUCUUUUAUUAUUUGUGUCAUUCCGUAGCUUUACCGCGCCUACGUUCACCGGACGGAACCGAGUCGGGCCGUUUUGCUUGUGCUGGUAUCGUCCUGUUUAACGUGAAGCUUGGCAGCCAUCCUCCGAAGCCUUAGGAGAAGAGGAAAAGGUGUCCCCGCAGCGGCUCCGCAGGACGUGAUCUUCUCAGUGCCUAGUCCGAUCCAAAAGCCGCUCCAUAUUUGUAAAAGCAAAAUAAAUGAAGGCAAUGGACUAUAAAAUUGGAUACAACUCAGGUGGAGCCAUGCCGCCACAGCUUUUGUUUCUGCUGCUUCUCUGCGCUCUUCCAUCUCUUGUUGUGCCCAUACAUAAUUCAUCAGCGGGAGGCUGCGCCAUCAUCCGGCCUCCGAGGGAUGGAGGGAUUCGAUAUCGGGGCCUGACACAAGAGCAGAUCCGCAGUGUGCAGAUCCUUCCAGUGGAUUAUGAGAUCGAGUACAUCUGCAGGGGCAACCGCGUCAUCGUGGGACCCAAAGUCAGGAAAUGUUUGCCCGACGGCACGUGGACGGACAUGUUGCAGCACAGCAGAUGUUUGUUGCUGUGUCCUCGCGUGUGGACGUCUCUGGAGAACGGUCAGGUGACGGUGAAGCCGCCGGGGCAGCCGGUGGAGGGCACGGUGCUGCAUUACAGGUGUCAUGGCGGCUUCAUCCUGGAGGGCAGGAACACCAGCCACUGUACCAAACUGGGGAAGUGGGACGCUCCCAAGCCCAUCUGCCUCUAUGACAAAAACGACACAGGCAAGAAGAAGCUGUACAUCGGUGCUCUGUUCCCCAUGAGUGGAGGCUGGCCGGGGGGACAGGCGUGCAUGCCCUCUGCACAGAUGGCUCUGGACCUGGUCAACAACCGGAGCGACAUCCUGCCGGACUACGAGCUGGAGCUCAUCCACUAUGACAGCAUGUGCGACCCGGGAGAAGCCACCAAGUUGCUGUACGACCUUCUUUACACGGAGCCAAUCAAGAUCGUGCUGAUGCCGGGAUGCAGCGGCGUCUCCACGCUGGUGGCGGAAGCGGCUCGCAUGUGGAACCUCAUCGUGCUCUCCUACGGUUCCAGCUCGCCAGCCUUGUCCAACCGCCAGCGCUUCCCCACCUUCUUCCGCACGCACCCCUCCGCCACGCUGCACAACCCCACCAGGGUGCAGCUCUUCCAGAAGUGGAAGUGGACUCGCAUCGCCACCAUCCAGCAGACCACCGAAGUCUUCACCUCGACGCUGGAUGACCUGGAGCAGAGAGUCAAGGAGGCCGGGAUUGAGAUCAGCGUUCGGCAGAGCUUCCUCACCGACCCGGCUGUGGCUGUCAAAAAUCUCAAGCGGCAGGACGCCAGGAUCAUCGUGGGGCUGUUUUACGAGACAGAAGCCAGGAAGGUGUUCUGCGAGGUGUUCAAGGAGAAGCUCUACGGGAAGAAGUACGUGUGGUUUCUGAUUGGUUGGUACGCAGACAACUGGUUCAAGAUCAAGGACCCGGCCAUCAACUGUACGGUGGAGAACAUGACCGAGGCCGUGGAGGGUCACGUGACCACAGAGAUCGUCAUGCUCAACCCCGAGACCGUCCGAGGUGUUUCCAACAUGACGUCACAAGAGUUUCUGGCUGCCUUGAUGUCUCGUCUUGGAGGCAUGAACCCAGAGGAGACCGGCGGCUUCCAAGAGGCCCCCCUGGCCUAUGACGCCGUCUGGGCCCUGGCGCUGGCCCUCAAUAAGACGGUGGCACCGCUCAAGGCAAAAGGUCGGCGGCUGGAGGACUUCAACUACAACAACCACGACAUUACGUCCGAGAUCUACCGCGCGCUCAACACCAGCUCCUUUGAGGGCGUUUCCGGCCAGGUGGUGUUUGAUGCUCAGGGUUCCAGGAUGGCAAUGACGCUCAUUGAACAACUACAAGGAGGAAGCUACAAGAAGAUCGGCUACUACGACAGCUCCCAGAAGAACCUUUCCUGGUUUGGCAACGACGUCUGGAUCGGUGCGGGGCCUCCGGCGGAUCGUACCGUGGUGAAAGAAGAGUACCGCUUCCUGUCCCAGAAGCUGUUUGCCGCCGUGUCGGUCUUCGCCGGCCUCGGCAUACUCCUAGGCAUCGUGUGUCUAACCUUUAACAUCUACAACGGCAACGUGCGCUACAUCCAGAACUCUCAGCCGUACCUGAACAACAUGACGGCGGCGGGCUGCAUGAUGGCGCUGGCUGCAGUCUUUCCGCUCGGCAUCGACGGCCACCACGUACACCGCUCGCAGUUUCCCGUCGUCUGCCAGUUCCGCCUGUGGCUCCUCGGUCUGGGCUUCAGCCUGGCGUACGGCAGCAUGUUCACCAAGAUCUGGUGGGUCCACACGCUCUUCACCAAGAAGGACGAGAAGAAGGAGAAGAAGAAGCAACACCUGGAGCCGUGGAAACUCUAUGCAACAGUCGGAGUGCUGCUGGCCGUGGACUUCCUGUCACUCGUCAUCUGGCAAAUUGUGGAUCCGCUGCACAUCACCGUGGAGAAGUUCACCAGAGAGGCCCCCAAAGUGGACUCUGACGUCCUCAUUCAGCCAUUGUUGGAGCACUGCAGCUCAGAGAAGAUGAACACGUGGCUUGGUGUUGUUUAUGGCUACAAGGGUCUGCUGUUGCUGCUCGGCAUCUUUCUGGCCUAUGAGACCAAGUCUGUCUCCACAGAGAAGAUCAACGACCACCGGGCGGUGGGGAUGGCCAUUUACAACGUGGCUGUCUUGUGUCUGAUCACGGCCCCAGUUACGAUGAUCCUGUCUUCGCAGCAGGACGCCUCCUUUGCUUUCGCCGCCCUCGCCAUCGUCUUUUCCGCUUACAUCACUCUGGUGGUGCUCUUUGUGCCAAAGAUGCGGCGCCUCAUCACACGCGGCGAGUGGCAGUCAGAGCAACAGGACACGCUGAAAACGGGCUCGUCCACCAACAACAACGAUGAGGAAAAGUCCCGGCAGCUGGAGCGCGAGAACAGGGAGCUGCAGAAGAUCAUCCAGGAGAAAGAGGAGAGGGUGUCAGCGCUCCGCAACCAGCUGGCCGAGAGACAGGCUCUACGCAGCCGCCGCCGACCCUCCACGGGCCAGAACCAGAACCACAAUGCACCGCCGUCGUCCCAAACGGACCCCAAGUCCCUGCUCCCUCCGCCGGGCUACCCGAGCACGGACAAUCACUCUCUGCCGCCGUCCUUCUCUAACUCGUCCAACUUGUACCCGGCCGAGAGCAAGAUGAGCCGCAACCACUGCCACAACAGCCAGAUCCCGCUUCUCUACAAGUAGGCGGGGCCAGCAAGGAGGCACGGCAGAGUGGGGCGGAGCUUUGUCACCGCCGGAUAUUGUGACUUUCACAUUAUUCCGCCACGCCGCUUGACGGUAUACCGGGCUCCUCCUCCCACCCGCCUCCGCCCCCUCAUGGUUUGCGAUGACCGGUAGCCACGGCAACAAGCACAUCUCAGACUAGCAGCACAGGAGCAACCAUCGUUGCUAUCCUCCUCGAACCCGGGGACCGUUCUUUUGUGGACACGUCGCGUGUCUGGGCACACACACACACACACACAUCGAUGUUCUCUGUGAUCCUGUAGUCCUGUUUUUGUCAGUCGUGUGUUCACUCGGCCGUGCGUCGUGAAAUAGCCAUAACAAUGGAGGCAGGACGAGGAACUGGACAAUAAAUACAUAAUCAAAUAAAAAUCAAAGACGUUAUGCUGACACACGAAACCAGACGACAAAUCAGUUUCCUGCAUGCCUGCUUAUGUAAAUAAACAUUAAAAGCACACUUGGGGUUUUUUUUUUUUUUAAUUCACCAGAUUUUACUCAUCCUUGUUUUGUUUUUUUUUUUUAAUACUUUAAACUGGACAAUUUUAUUUUUUGUUUGCUUUUUCUGUUUAUAAUGAACAGUUGAAAGGUGAAGUCAUGUGACAUGUUAGUCUGCACGAGCCUUUAACACAGGGGUGGGCAAACUUUUUGACUCGCGGGCCGCAUUGAUAUAACAAAAUUUCCAGGGGGGGUGGGGGGGGCAGACUAUAUAUUUUACACGUAACAGUCCACCUGGUAUUAUUGUAUCUGUAAAUUGUCAUGCAAUCUGCUAUUAUUAUUUAUUAUUUUAUAUUUAAAUAUAAAAAAAAAUAAUAAAAUAUUAUAAUUAAAAUAAAAUUAAAAUAAUUAUUAUAUUAUUAUUAUGUAAAAUAUGCAAAUAUAACAAUAUUAUUAUAUAUAAUUAAUAUAAUAAUUAGCAUUAAUAUAAUAUAAUAAUCAUAAUAGUUAUAAUAAUAAUAUAAUAAUUAUUAUUUUUAUUAUUAUUAUGUGCUUGUGUCUCUUUUUUCAGGAGCACUUUGUAAACAACAGAACAUGUCAAACAACGAAAUUGAUACAACCAUCAAAAGGUUGGCUCAGGCCAUGAUGCCAGGUUGUAUGUUGAGUUUAAAUGAAAUACUUUUGAAAGAUUGGGCGGGCCGUAUUCAAACACUUGGCGGGCCGGAUGUGGCCCCCGGGCCGUAGUUUGCCCACCCCUGCUUUAACACAAGCAAUGACAUUUUCACAGGUUAACCCCCUUUUCUGUGAUUUCAGUGUGCACUUUAAGCGCCCGCAGAGUUCAUGUUGACUGUGGUUGUUGUCAUGUUAGCUCAGGGCGCGGGGAAGCUAAAUGAAUGAAAUGGGCCAUAUUUAUUAUACUCACGGAGAGUGCAGUUAUCAGUGUAUCAUGAGAAGGCAGAACCACGCCAGAAAUCUUGGGAAAUAUUUGUAUUCACAAAGUAAUAUAUUAUCUAGGCUCAUAAAUGUUAAUAUAUUUCAAAGUAUGUGUAUGCAAAAUAUGUGAGUACUAUAAAUAAAAUUGUUUUUUUUGUCA